AUGAGCUUUUUUUCUACAUUCGGCCGUAAAAGGCCAGCAACAGUGCCUACUGACCGAAUUAUUCCCCUGCGAUACUGGGAUGACCUGGAUUACUUGCGGUCCCUUUGCCAUGCCUUUACAUUCCGAUUUGACGAUGUCCUAGACACAUUCAAACUCGAGGCAGCACUAGGACGACUGAUGGAAAUCGGAGACUGGGGUCAGAUAGGGGCUCGGCUUCGCCUUAAUAAUCAUGGAAAACUCGAAUAUCAUAUACCAGCACAUUAUGACAAGACGCGCCCAUCAUUUGUUUUCACAACUACGGCAUAUGGCAUGAGCAUCACCGAUCACCCGGUGGGCUCACAGUUGCCUAAAGCUGGCCAAGAUCAGUCUUUCUUGUCACCCUCGUCUGAUUUCUUUACCUCUAUAGUCUGUCACCCAGACAGUCCUAAAGAAUUAGCCGAUUGGAUCUACACAGAUCGUCCACAGCUCCAUAUCCAUGCUGCUCUCUUCCAGGAUGCCACCCUUCUCACGAUUAGCUAUGUACAUACCUUUGCUGAUGCUAUCUCACGGACCAACUUCUUCAACGCUUGGAUAGCUGUUCUUCGUGGCCAAGAAGAAAAAGUGCCAGCCUUUGUCCCCUAUGACCAUGAUCCUCUAUACACAUUAGGCAAAGAAGCCCCCAUACAGAGCUAUAGCAAUAUCGGGCGACUAUUGAGCGGACUCAGUCUUGUGAUCUUUGGGCUUCGCUACAUGUUCGAGAUUCUGUGGUUCCAAAAUCUGGAAGAACACCCGAUCCGCCUGCCGGGGCGGUGCGUAAAUCGAAUGAGGGAAACUGUACUGCAGGAACUAGCUGCCACUGCUCCAAGGGGAGCAGAAAAGCCGUUUGUGAGCGAGGGUGAUGUCGUGGUUGCCUGGUGGACAAGGACGAUGAUCAAAGCAUUGAAACCUGCACCAGACAGAACAAUUAUGGUGAUGAAUGUUUUCAAUGUGUGGAAUCUUUUCCCUGAGUGGUUCCCCCAUGGCGCGGCUGGCCUCGUCGGCAAUUCAUUCUUCUACUCCUACACGCUGCUUGUUGCAAGCAAGAUUCUUCAAGAUAUCAACUUGAAGUAUGUGGCGAUUACGAACCGCAAGGCCCUCGUGGAACACAGAACCAAGCAGCAAGUUGAGGCCAUGACGGCCAUCCAAAGAGGGAAUUUUAUGAGAGCAGCACCUGUGGUCGGGGAUCCGAAAAUGCUCUUCCUGGUCGCUACUAAUCAGCACAAGGCUAGGUACUUUGAAACGGACUGGUCGGCGGCUGUUAUUGCUCCCGGGGUGCCUUUAAGUGGAAGGCCUCAUGCCCUCGGAAGACCAUCGUACAUCAACGAUAUUGAGUAUUGCAGUGGGUACCCAACUCGGAAUAUUGUGAGAAUGAUUGGGAAGGAUGCUGCGGGUGAUUGGCAUUUUUUGUUCAAGACUAGAGCUAGUGCAUGGCAGGUGAUCCAUCAAGAGUUGAUGAAUCUGAUCGAGGCGGACAAGCAGGGUUGA